CCGUGUGGGUCUCGGAAAUUGCUGAUAAAUCCCAGGUGUUCACGUGGUCGUGGGUCCCAGUGUUCUGUCACCUGUGGAAGAUCCUGAGGAGAUUCCCGCAAAGAGGCUGAAAACAGAAUGUGUCUCUGGGGCUAGCAAGGAGCCCGAAGAGGUUUCUGUGGCUGCCAAGUUGCCACCUGAGGCCACAAGUAGAAGCCAGGAGACUAAAGAGAGAGAAGACUUCUUCUCUGAUUCUGAAGAUGAGGUAGUGUACGUUUCUUCUGACUCUUCAGUUGUAGCAUCUGCAGAGGAUGAGGACACAACAGAACCUGACAAAAUGCCUUGUGACACCAACCCAUGCUUGACUGAGGAAACACCAUGCUCUCUUGCUGAGAGAUUUCCCUAUGUGAGCUCGAGCAGGAAUAACGACAUCCAAGCUGCUCCAGAGAGCCCUGUCACACCCAGGCCCCCCAUUAAGGAGCCAGGUCCCAACUCUCUGGGAGUCAGUGGCACCAGGAGGCCUUUGUGUGCUGCUGAAGAGGAUGUUCAGCAAGCAGAAAAUAAGAAAUACAAAGAGCUCCUGCGUCUGUUCAAGGAAAAAUAUUCUGGAAGACUUCAUUCUCCACGUCCAGGAAGACUUAACAAAGUUCAAACCAAGGAACCAAGGAUGACUGGGAGUCCCCUGAAAGAACAAAAAUCCAGAGGUGCCUCUCCACCUGUGCCAGAGAGAACCAGUGUCAAUCAUAGGGAUGUUUUCAGCCCCCAGCUGCCUCAGAGAGGUGUCAUGAUCAGCUACUACACACCACCAGAAGACUCUCGUGGACAGGGAAAACGAGACAAACAAGCUGCUUCAGUGGGCCAGCGUGAAGCCAAAGUCCUCCAAGGAAAGUUAUUCCAGUUCCAUGUGACGCCUGUGCUGUCCAAAGACCUCUUUUUUGUGGACAGCGAGCCACUGCCGUGCCCAGGAAAGCCAGUAGAUGACCUGGCUCCACUGACAGAGGCCAUGGAGAGCGAGAUCUCUGCUGCCUUUGACAGCGGUGAGCCCGAUGAUAUCCUGAGCAGAGCCUUCAAGCUCAGUGUCACCCGUGAGGACAUCUGCACCCUGCAGCCCCUGGGCUGGCUCAAUGACAGGAUCAUGAAUUUCUACAUGAGUCUUCUGGUGGAAAGAAGCAAGAAGGAAGGAUAUCCAGCAGUCUAUGCUUUUAAUACCUUCUUUUAUUCCAAGCUAAGCUCUACAAGCCACAAGGGAGUAAAGAAAUGGACCAAAGGUGUGGAUAUCUUUGAGCACGAUGUCAUCUUGGUGCCUGUUCACCUCAGAACUCACUGGACACUGCUGGUCGUAGACCUCCGAGAGAAAACCAUCAAAUACUUUGACUCCUUGGGACAGAAAGGAGACCACAUUUGUAAAACUGUCUUAAAAUACCUGGAAGAGGAAAGCAGGGAAAAAAGAAACAUUGAAUUGACUGCUUCUGAGUGGACCCUUCACAGCAUGGGCACAGAGGAAAUCCCUCAACAAAAUAAUGGAAGUGACUGUGGAGUUUUUGUUUGCAAAUUUGCUGAUUUCAUCUCCAGAGACAAACCCAUCAUCUUCACCCCGGAGCACAUGCCUUAUUUCCGCAGGAAGAUGGUGUGGGAAAUAAUCCAUCAGCAGCUGCUGGGAGACAUGCACUGUUAGGAAAACACUGUUCUGCAAAAGAGUAGUAUUUAUUUCUUAUUGUUUAGGUAAUAUGAGAUAAUAUUAACUUAUGUAAGAGCCUUACUGUAUGGGAAUGUGACUUGUUAAUAGAGUAAUUUAUUUUUUAA